AAGUUGUCUUGCCUAUAUACAAAAAGUUGUCAUCUGGAUGAGACAGGUUCAAACUCAUCACUCUUUGCUGUCUUAAGUUAAUUGUACUAGAUUUUAUAAUUCUGAUUGUUUUAAAAAUUCAUCAACGCGUUUGAAUAAUUUUUAAUGUACGCAGAAGAUUUCUUUCUUGCCUGAUUUUAGCAAAUUUUAAUCUAAGUUUCUUGACUCAUUUUUCUUUCAGAGAUAGUUGACAUGGACAUUUACGUUAGCAAUGAAUGGCAUUGGUUGUUGGUAUGAAAUGUUGUUGGAGGAAUAGCUGUUUCGAGUUAUGAGUAUUAUAACUGGGUGAUCUACAAGUUUUGCAAUGGAUUAGUAGGAGUUAAUUACUUUAUGGAGAUAAUUUUCUUGGCAUUUCUAAAGUAGUUUUCGUCACCUCAGUUUCACUGUUUUAUUCCUGUUAAUGUUUUUAGACCAGUUUGGAGUUAUGCAAUUUGGAUGGCACGAAGAUGUGAUAGGGAAUGGCUGAAAGGCAGCAGUCGAAGGAAAUGAAUCCUGCAUCAAAUUUACAAGAUGAAUUUUCUAAUACAUUUGUUUCGUUUAUUGAGAAUCAGUCACCAGAUCCAAUAGAAUAUGGCAUUACAUUGAAUGAGUUGAAUGGCAGUGCAUAUAUAAAUGAAUUGGAUCUAUUCAAUGAUAAUGUUCUUCAAAAUACAUCAGGAAUUUUAGGUGAAGCGUUUUCAACAGAUGUCUUCGUAAAUGCAAACUCAGUCUCCUUGUCUCAUUCCCAGGUGUUGGACAACGACCACUUCAAUAACUUAUCUGUCCAGAAUAAUUAUAAUAACAGAGAAGUUGUUCCUGUGGAAUUAAUCGAAACAAACAAUGUUCCUCAAGUUGCUUCUUCAGUUCCUCUUGCACCAUCAUCCUUACCAGCCAGCCAAAACUGGCCUGGUGAUUAUAAUUUCAAUGUGUCAUUCAGCCAACAAGAGAAGAGUACAAAAGGCGUUUCAUGGACGUAUUCCAAAUCUUUGGACAAACUGUAUGUUGGCAAGGAUGCUCCCUGCCCCAUCAAUUUCUCUACUAAUACUCUGAUGCCAGAGAAUGUUAAAAUCAGAGCCAUAGCUUUAUAUAGUUCUCCAGAGUCUGCAUCUGAAGUUGUUGUGCGUUGUGUUAAUCACUCUCUAGAAGAAAAGUCAAAAAAUAUUUUUGAAGCAGAACAUCUAGUAAGAUGUGAAAGCUCAAAUGUUAGCUAUGAUAUUGAUCCAUCUACCAGGCGCCAUAGUGUUCUUGUUCCUUUUGAAAAUCCUCCUGCUGGCCAAUUAUUCUCCACCUACAUAUAUAAGUUUACCUGCUUUGGCUCUUGUCCUUUUGGCCCAAACAGAAGACCUUUGAUGCUUGUCUUCACUUUAGAGAAAGGGAACCAAGUAUUGGGAAGGCGGAAAGUCGAUGUUAAAAUAUGCGCUUGUCCUGGUCGGGAUCGCAAGUCUGAUGAACAACAGGCUUCAGCUCUUGAAAUUGGCUCAUCCAAGAAACGCAAAGAACCUGAGUUUGUGUCUCUUUCUGAAACAAUGGAAUUUACCAAGAAUGUUAUGUUACCUGUCUCUAAGAAAUCGAGACAUUCUCAAUAUGGAGAAGGACCUUAUCGUUUAGUUGUGGAAGACUAUGAGUGCUUUGAAUUCUUGAAGCAAAUGAAAAAAUUGUAUGACUUUUCCAAAAUAGUGAAAAAUAUUCAUCCUGAAAUGAGAAAAGUUUUAGUUCAUAAUCAGUAAGUUCUUUGAAAUAUGUUCAUACAUAAAAUUCCCUU